GUAGAUGUGUGUAAUAGUUCUGACCCUGACGAAGUAGAAAUAUUAAGUCUUAUCGAAGAACAGAUUCCUAAAUAUCGUCUUCGAGCCGAUACUAUUACAGACUUUACUGGUUAUAAUCACGAAGAUUUUAUUGUUCAAACACCAGUUACUCCCCUUGAUGAGAAUGUAGCUUUAAAUGAUGAGCAAAUAAGAGAAACUUUGAAGUAUUUUGGUGAGUUUUUAUUUUUAUUUGUCUCUUGA